AUGGCAUCAACAUUCUUUACAUGGGUCAGAUCUCCUGCUGCUCGCGAGUACUUCUUCAGUACACACUUCUGGGGACCAGUCGCAAACUGGGGUCUUCCCCUUGCUGCCCUCGCUGACCUUAGCAAAGAUGAAGAGGUCAUCUCAGGCACCAUGACCACUGCACUUGCUACCUACUCAAUGGUUUUCAUGCGCUUCGCCUGGAGAGUACAACCCCGGAAUUACCUGCUCUUUGCCUGUCACUUGACAAACGCAACAGCACAGUCAAUCCAGGAAGCCCGCUUCGUGAACUACUGGUAUUACGGUGGCCGUGAGAAGAAGUUUGGUCUUGACAAGGGUCCAGUCACACAAGCCAUCGAGGAAUCACAAGCAGAGGCAAAGAAGGUUGCAGACACAUAA